UAUAGUAUGGGUUUAGAUUUAGAUAACAUGUUCGGAAUACAAGGUUGAAUUACUCCAUAUUAUCUAUUAUAUAUAUGUCUGAAAAUCCCGCACUGCAAUGUGCGCUUUCGGCGUCUGGCGGCAGCACAGUAAGUACACCGACUUUGUUGACGGGGCAAAAGAUUCCGGAGGAUGGGGAAGACGAAAUAAUUGUCGAAUCUAUUGCUGGAUCAACCAGGUCACUUAAUUCCGAGGGAACGCCGUCGCCAAGGUAUGCGAGCUUUAUUGUGAAACACCCAUACAUUCUUCUUAUCUUGACCACAGUUCUGGUGACACUGUCUGGAUGCUUCAGUCUUAUUCCACAGCUUGGAGCACAGUCACUACCAGACUUCACGGAUCCCAUCAAGGGUUUCGAAGCACGAGGUACAACAAUCAGCGAUCGUUGGAGAAGUCAAUUCAAUUUGUUAUAUGAUGAGUAUAAAGGCAAGAUCUCGAGAGUUCCUCCUAGAUGUCAGAAAAAAAAGCCAACAAAUGGACACAAGAUUAAAGACAAUAGAGAAGAUAAUCCUGCGAUAUGUUAUUCAUUCAGCCAUUAUCAACUCACAACUAAACUUGCGUUCACCACUAAGAAUGGGCAGAACUUAAUGACAGCGGAAAACCUGAAGUCCAUUUGCCGUUUAGAAGACAAAAUUAUCCGCAAAUUUUAUGGCUUUGACGACCAUUGUCACAAAGCCAAUGGCACCAAAAACUGCUGUCCAAGUUGGUCUGUGGGGUAUUUUAUCGCACUUUUAAAUGGGGACGCCUCGUGUUUAAGUAUAGACGAAACUAAAGUGAAAACAACUGGUAGAUUGUUGAAGAUGUGCUCCGAAUUUUAUCACAACGAAACGUUAAAAUCUGACUGUUGGGAUUUUAUGAAGAAUCAAAAAAGAUCAGGAAGAUGCAAUCACGUUCCGAAUGAUUGCACGACGUUCAAUGCUGUUUACAAUAUACUUCAUUAUCUAACAGAUAAGAAUUUCUUGUCUAGUGGUAAUAACGUAUUUCUUCGCUACAGUCUUGUGCUCGUGCCUGUUAAGGAAAACAAAGACUUCCAAGUGAACAUUUACAAAUCUCGUCUAAAAGAUGGUGUCUUUAACGAUGGUAAUGUUGAAGUAACCGGAUAUGACAUGAGUCAACUAAAGUUUGAGAUAUUCAAUGAACGUAUGUUAUUUGACCUAUAUCUCGCUGCCAUUGCAAUGCUUUUUGUAAUGAUCAUUCUUUGGCUGUACACUCGUUCCUUUCUUCUCACGACUUUGGUUGGACUUAUUGUUGUGUCAAGUUUGGUCAUUGCAUACUUCUUGUAUACUAAAGUGUUUCAUAUGGAGUUUUUCCCAUUUCUAAACAUUGUAACUUCCGUAAUCUUAGUCGGUAUCGCGGCAGACGAUGCCUUUGUUUACAUAGAUAUUUGGAACCAGUCCAUUCGUGAACAUAGAGAACACGGACCACCUCCAUCGAAUGAAGAACAGCGUGAAAAGGAAUUAAUAUGGGUUACAAACACCACAAUGAAACACGCAUCCUUGUCAAUGUUUGUUACGAGUUUUACAACAUCCUCGGCAUUUUUUGCCAGUCUAACUUCAGAGAUUACAUCCAUUCGCUUGUUUGGCCUAUAUUCCGGUCUUUCCAUUCUAUGUAUGUUUCUUCUUAUGGUCACAUGGUUUCCUGCUGCUGUUAUAAUUGAACAAACGGUUUUGGCACGCUUCAGUUGCUGUUCGAUAUUCUGUGAAAAAUUACAAGACACUCGAACUUGCCGAAUAAGGACAGUUGUUGGGAAAUUAGUUGAAUGGCAUGCGAAAUUUUUUAUCGAUUUUCUACCUCAUAUUGUUAUAAAAUUAAGAUUUCUAUCAUUAUUGUUUUUGGUCCUUCUUGCUGCUGGGGGUAUAUUUGUUUCGACCGUUAAACCAGGACUACAAUUACCUUCGUCUCAGGACUUUCAAAUGUUCCACGAAUCACAUGAUCUUGAGAAAUACUCAUUGAAGCUAAAGAAAUACUUUUAUUUCGAGACAACGAAAAAGUCGAGUUUUCCGAUCAACUUAAUCUGGGGUAUUAAAGCCACUGAUACAGGAGACUACUUUAAUCCAUACGACAUGGGAAGCCUUAAGUGGGAUGAUAACUUUGACAUUACCAGUAAAGAGAGUCAGCGAUGGAUCGUUAGCUUUUUACCCCGAUUGAAAAAUAGAACAUUUUUUGCUAAAGAUCAAGAUAUGGACUUCAUGGAAGAAUUUCUCGUUUAUAUGAGCAGGAAUUGUACGAGAAACAAUAAAAUAUGUUGUAAAGCUUCAACCUUCCCAUACGAUUCAAAUAUAUUUUCUGAAUGCAUUCAACUAAUGCAAUGCCAAAAACUGAAGGAAAUUCAGUUAGGCAAUCAACCUAUAACAGAUGGUGGUCCGCUCUUUGAUGCCAAAAGUCGGUUACGAGCCAUGGUAAUGAAGUUCGACAGCACGGUGCCAUUCACGUGGUCAUAUGACCCAGUGGACAGAUUUUGGACCGAAACAGAGAAAUGGGCUGUCGAAGAAUUUAACAAAGCGCCUGCGUCCGUAAAUGGGUGGUUUAUUAGCGAGUUACAAUUUUAUGAUUUACAGAGAAGUUUAUCCAAAGGAACAUUGUUGUCCAUGAGUAUUUCUCUUGCGAUUGCUUUUGUUGUGAUGAUGCUGACAACAGGAAAUAUUUAUAUCAGCCUGACUGCAAUUAUUACCAUUGCUGGAGCCUUGGUUGUUACUGUUGGGACGAUAGUGCUCAUGGGAUGGAAGCUGAAUAUUUUAGAAUCUAUUACAUUGUCAAUAUCUGUGGGUUUAUCGGUCGACUUUACACUACAUUAUGGAGUUGCAUACGUGUUGGCAGCGGACAGAACUAACAGAAAGUUAAGAGUGUCCUUUUCCAUGACAUGUAUGAGUUCGGCUAUAAGUAUGGCAGCAUUUACUACCUUUAUUGCAGGCGCCAUCGCUUCACAGUCCAGAGUGUUAUCUUACAUUCAGAUGGGCCAGUUUCUGAUGAUAAUCAUGUCCGUAAGUUGGGUAUAUGCAACUUUCUUUUUUCAAGCGUUAUGCAGUAUCAUCGGACCAGAGAACAACUCUGGUCAAAUAACACUGGCCAUGUUAAAAGCAGGAUUUCUGAGGCUCAAAGCACGCAUGUGUGCAACAGAAGAAAACGACACAAAUAACAAAAAGUCUGUUAGGAUUUUAUACUUAAAAAGAAGAAUUGGAUCGGUAAACGAGUAGAAGUUCAGGACACAUCUUUGCGCUUCGUAUAUAUAAUUGGUUGAUAUUGGUUGGCUGAUAAACAACGUGUAUAGUAUGAAAAAAAUUUGAUUCAUAUAAAUUAUUUUAUUUCGCAGUUUCAUUCUUGAAAUUGUUAAAUGAUCUACGACAUGAUCUUUGGCAUGCUCCACCCACGGCUUGCCGCGUGGUGACCUGGUCACUAGGAGAGAAAGAAAUUGCAAUGACACAUAAAGAUUAUAUCUUCUUUUUGCAGUGAACUAUAAAUGAUAG